AUGUCAGUAAGAAUUGUAAGUUAUAAUCCUCAAUUAUGGAGAUAUAGUGACGCUGAGUGGGGACGAACCAAGCAUAGUUUCAUAUUUUCUUUCAAGAAUAAAGAUAAUUUCAAAGAUUCAAUUUUAAGUCAUGUGAAUGAUAUAGAUUAUGCACUAUAUUACGACGAUGAGUUUGGUCCUUCAUUUGGUAAUGACCUUUGUAUACGAACUUUGAAAGAGACGGGAAGUAAUGGUGAUUUUGAUCUUAAUUUUUGCAUUGAGGACGGAUAUGAAAAACUUAUAAGAGAUACCGAAGUCUUUUCAAUAGAAGAUUAUGAAGUAUUUCAAAUUUUGAAAAAUGAGAAAUAA